GCUCAAACCACACGACAAUGGCCGGAGAGGACGGAGGUAAGGGAGGAAAGGGAGGAAAAGGAGGAAAAGGAACAGCUUCCGACAAGAAGAAGCGUGCGCCGCAGUCACGCUCCUCUCGUGCUGGCUUGCAGUUUCCCGUCGGAAGGAUCCAUCGCCAUCUCAAGACCAGGGUGGCUCGUCAUGGCCGUGUUGGCGCCACCUCUGCCGUCUACAUGGCUGCGAUCUGCGAGUACCUCUGCGCUGAGGUGCUGGAGCUUGCUGGAAACGCGUCCAGGGAUCUUCGAGUGAAGAGGAUUACUCCCCGCCAUCUUCAGCUGGCCAUCCGCGGAGACGAGGAGCUGGACACAUUGAUCAAGGCCACCAUCGCAGGAGGAGGAGUUAUCCCCCACAUCCACAAGUCGCUGAUCAACAAGGGACCCAAGGCUAAGGGCAAGAAGGCCAAGGCCGGUGCCUGAGCUCACCCCACUCACUCUGUUGUGCCCUCAAGCUCGUUCCCUGCUCGCGCCCAGCACUCGGCAUCGAGGAUGCUGCGCGGGGCUAGCAGGAGCAUUCGUAAUCUAGAAAUCAAGCGACAGCUCGUUGAUUAACCUUUAAGUGUUGAACUAAGUUUACAGUAAAUUGAAUCACUACU